GUGGUUAUCGCUGUCGCCGGUAGCGGUAGAUUCUUGCUUUGAGUACUAUCUGGGCAGCGGUUGCAUGUAGUGUGUAGGGUUUUCUGAGGGGUGCUCUGUUUUUCUCCCAUAUUCAAAAUACCUGAUGUCCCUAACUUGCUCCCAAUCUGAGUUAAAUGUAUGCGCCACGCAAUGAUGUAGCGCUUUGUGCGAGAUGUAAUCCUGCCUUGAACCCCGAUUCUGACAAAUCAGCCGAACUCUUAAGAAUAAACAUCGUUCUUGUUACUGUACUUCAGACAUUUUUACAGUGAUUUUUAGAAGAAGUGAAAUCUCAUUGAACAAACAACACUCAACGAGAAAAUUCGAUUCUUUAACCAGGACUGUCCUGAGGUGCAUCUACCAUCGUUUGUCUUCACCCUUACAGGUUAAGAUGCUGUGGGGUGGGCAUGUUUGGCAGCUCACCUUCUUAGCAAGGGGGAUCUGACGCCGCGGAAGAUGGACAAGUGUAAGCAUGUUGGCCGGCUUCGGCUGGCUCAGGACCACUCCAUCCUCAACCCGCAGAAAUGGCACUGCGUGGACUGUAACACCACCGAGUCGGUGUGGGCCUGCCUCAGCUGCUCCCACGUAGCCUGCGGCCGCUACAUCGAGGAGCACGCGCUCAAGCACUUCCAGGAGCAGAGGCACCCGGUGGCGAUGGAGGUCAACGAGCUCUACGUGUUCUGCUACCUGUGCGACGACUACGUGCUGAACGACAACGCCAUGGGAGACCUGAAACUGCUGCGCAGCACGCUGAGCGCCAUCAAGAGCCAGAACUACGAGGUCACCACCCGCAGCGGCCGCACCUUGCGCUCCAUGGCGACCAACGACGACAUCUCGGCCGGUAGCGUGCAGGAGCUGCUGCGGGACGAGGACCGCAUGUUCACGGCUCUCUGGCACCGGCGGCGGUCGCUGAUCGGCCGGGUGUUCCGCGGCUGGUUCGAGUUGACGGCCGGGGGGCAGCGGCGUGCCGCGGAGGAGAGGCUGAGGGAGGAGGCGGAGGCCCGGAGGAGGGAGCUGAGGGAAAGGAGGCAGGAGCUGAAGCGGCGGCAGAAGGCGGAGCUGGAAAGCGCCCCACCCAGGAAGAGCAGCCGCCUUCGGAAGCAGAGCCGGCAGAGCGGCCCUCCCCCGGCGUCCCGCAAGACCGUUCGCCGGAUUUUCGGCAGGGCCUCGGGGGCGCAGCGGGCCGGGGGGCGAAGGCGAGCUGCCCCCGCGCCUCACAGGAAAGUGGGCAAGAUGGACACGGGGAAAACGAAACCUCCCACCUCGACUACUGCCUCUACCUCGUCUGAUGCAGGUAUGAAGAAGCCUGGGGAUUCCCCUGUCAAACGGAGACCCACAGUCACCCCCGGCGUGACCGGACUGCGCAAUCUGGGCAACACUUGCUACAUGAACUCCAUACUCCAGGUGCUUAGUCACUUGCAUAUCUUUCGGGAGUGUUUCCUGCAGCUUGACCUUAACCAGGACCUGGACUUCCUUGCCAGCGCUGCCAAUGGGAACUCUCGACCGGCCCUGUGCAAGCUCGUAAUGCGCAACGGUAAGGGGGGGGAGUCCCCGUCUCCCACCUCCAAGAGGAGUUUGUUAGCGGGCCUAAGUGGAGGCGCUUCUAGGACUAGGAACAUGGAGCUGAUCCAGCCCAAGGAGCCCAGCUCCAAACACAUCUCCCUGUGCCACGAGCUGCACACCUUGUUCCAGGUGAUGUGGUCAGGAAAGUGGGCGCUGGUGUCUCCGUUUGCCAUGUUGCACUCUGUAUGGCAUCUCAUCCCUGCCUUCAGGGGUUAUGCCCAGCAGGACGCGCAGGAGUUCCUCUGUGAGCUUCUGGACAAGGUGCAGCAGGAGCUGGAGACCACGGGCAGCCUGCAGCCUGCCCACGUGCCGGCUUCACAGAGGAAGCUCAUCAAAAAGGUCAUGAAUGUUGUCAACACUAUCUUUCACGGGCAGCUCCUGAGCCAGGUGACGUGUCUUGCCUGUGACAAUAAAUCCAAUACCAUUGAGCCCUUCUGGGACUUGUCACUGGAGUUUCCAGAGAGAUACCAUUGUAAUGGAAAAGAGACGUCUGCGCAGUAUCCUUGCUUGCUGACAGAAAUGUUGGCCAAGUUCACAGAGACCGAAGCCUUGGAAGGAAAUAUCUAUGCCUGCGAUCAGUGCAACAGCAAGCGGAGACGAUUCUCCUCGAAGCCGGUCAUCCUCACUGAAGCUCAGAAGCAGCUCAUGGUUCACAAACUGCCUCAGGUCUUGAGACUGCACCUCAAGCGCUUCAGGUGGUCAGGCCGCAAUCACAGAGAGAAGAUUGGGGUUCAUGUCAGCUUUGAUCAGAUAUUAAACAUGGAGCCUUAUUGCUGUAGAGACUCUACAGGGAAUCUCAAGCCGGACUGCUUCAUAUAUGAAUUAUCAGCUGUGGUAAUGCAUCAUGGAAAGGGAUUUGGCUCAGGUCAUUACACUGCCUAUUGCUACAACACAGAAGGAGGGUUCUGGGUGCAUUGCAAUGACUCCAAGUUAAACAUCUGCACUGUGGAUGAAGUUUGCAAGGCACAGGCCUACAUCCUGUUUUAUACCCAGCGGUUUUCUCAGGACAAAGGAAAAUCCCUUUAGAAGAUGCCCCCCAAGGCCAGUCUCCAACACCAGCACCACACUGCAACAGAUCUGCAUCCAAAACAUCAGCACACCCAAAGACCUUUGUCUUGGGGAUAUUUUAUGGACUUUUUUUGUAUUUUUUUUCAUAAAUACUGGAUACAUGUUUUAAACAGCUCCUCUUGUGAAUUUGUGUACAUGAUGUUUAUAAUGCUUUGUAUCAAAUUUGUAAACUUUUUAAAAAAUAAUAGUGUACAGUAAUUGAUUUUUGAAAGCAAUUAGAAAAACACUGAGAUGCAUGUGGCAAAUGUUAAAGACCUUGGAAAUCUAACAGUCAAAUCUCUGUGUGGUUUGGGCAGUUUCAAAUUCUUUCUUGCUUUAAGUAUUGUUCAAAGCAUUCAUUUCAUGAAUUUUACAAUGCAUUCAAAACAUAUCAAAAUACUUGCCUUAUAGCUAAACAAUCUAAUUUACUGUGAACUUGUAAAUUGCAGAAAGUGCAGAAAGUCUGGAAUAUAGGUUAUGUUUCAAGCCCCUAACAUUACUUAUUAUUUUGUUACAAAUGUGUAUUGGGAUUCAUCACUUCCUUUUUGCAUAAAAAAAGUUUUACUAUGGAGAUAUACUAUGUUGCACUGCAGAUGGACAGUAUUCUGCCAAGGGAAUAUAGCCCUGCAGUGCACCUAAAACAGUAAUUAAUGUAAGAAUGUUGAUUCCUUGUUUUUAAACCAAAGUAUUUGGUAUUUUAGACUGUUUUAUAAAAUGUCUGGGAGGGUUUACUGAUGCGAAUGUCUGAGCUUGUUUAAGAUGGCAGCUUUGUUUCUGCCAGUAAUGUCCAUAGUAUUGUUUCAUUGUGAAUAGUUUCCCUUGUUCUUUUAGCCAGUUUUUUUUAUAAUUGCACAGUGCAAACGUGCAUUUGAUCUUGGAUACGUUUCAGUAAGAUCAAAUUGACUUGCAGAGUGUUAGUGGCAUUUCAGCAUGCUAACAGGACCAUACACAAGAUGAAAUAAAAUGUCAUUGUAAUCCACAUUUUUUCUGUCUUCACCCUUUCCCAAUUUUCUGAUUACAAUAAUUAUUUUUAAUAUUAAGAAUGAGGAUGACUAGUUUUUGAAAGUUCAUUAAAAGUUCCAUAAACAUUUGCACUUUAAUACCAGAAGAUAGCACCCUCCAUCCUCUUUAAUAACAUCUAUUGCUACCAAACUGAUGUUGGAUAGCAGUAGCUAUGAAGAGUGCCCUUCAUGAACAGCUUUUUUUGUCUUCUGAGUUGUCGGAGAAAUGAAUUAGUCCACCAUUGUCAUAAUCUUUAAUAAAGGCCAACUUUUCUCUUCAGUCUUAAGCAUUAUACGGUACAUUACUUUUGUCUUUGGUUUUCAUUGCAGACUACAUUGUGAAAGCAUUUAGAAUUCGUCAUAACACCACACUUUCAUUAAAGCAUGGAUGUGUUGGCUUUAGUUGCGGUAAAUUCCACAGGGCCUGGACAAUUCCAAAAAGUUCCAACUUUCUUGCUUGUGUUGAUUAAAAAUGCAUGUCUCCCAAGUAUUACCUACAGAAAAAGCUUUCAUUUCAGGAGGGUUGGACUUUCAUACUGAUUUAGCUUGGCAAUUUCAGAAAAAUGAAUGUGGGUAUGAUGUAUAAAACGUUGUUUAAUUUUAAUUUUCUCUUGUUACAUGCUGGAAGGUGUGAAGCACAUUUGAAGGAUGUAGCUCCGUUUCGCCAUUGAUUUCCAGUCUGGUUCUUUUACACAUCAGCAGUUAACUAGGAACAGUCAAGCACAGCAUUGUAAUAUUAGAUUUUUCCAAAUGUUUGUAAAAAUUAAAGUGUUUAGUAUGUUUUCUGAUGUAAAUUUAUGGAAGUAAUACUAUGCAAAUUGUUACCUCAAUCUUUAGAGAAAUUUACCUCAAUAAAUGAGAAUAUUUUUACAUUUUUUUAA